AAUUUCCAAAAAUAUUUCUCUUUCAUUGUGUACUAGAACCCUAGCUAGCAGCAUUUCCUCCACUGCUGCCUUGUGCGGGCUCCCAACGUAAAUAACACGCGUUUCCUUCUCUCUCAAAUUUCAGGUUAAAUUCCGGCUGCCCCUUUUUUAUCUUCCCAUUAUUUUUUCAGAUAUUUAUAAUCAUCUUACUCGUUCCCAGCACACGCCUCUCUCCAAAUUUCCCCAAUUUUCCCUAAGUUUCCCCAGUUCUACAAGCGAUCAAUCAAUCAAUCCAUCUGAGGUAGUAGAAAAAGCAAAAGGAGAGAGAGAUGUCGGAUCAGAGGUUGACACGUAUAGCUAUUGUGAGCUCCGACAAGUGUAAGCCGAAGAAGUGCCGUCAGGAGUGCAAGAAGAGCUGUCCCGUCGUCAAAACUGGGAAACUUUGUAUUGAGGUGACUCCUGCAUCUAAGAUCGCUUUCAUCUCAGAAGAGUUGUGUAUUGGCUGCGGUAUUUGCGUUAAGAAAUGCCCAUUUGAAGCAAUUCAGAUUAUCAAUUUGCCAAAAGACUUGGAUAAAGAUACAACACAUCGUUAUGGUCCAAACACUUUCAAGUUGCACAGGCUACCAGUCCCAAGACCUGGUCAGGUUCUUGGCCUGGUUGGAACAAAUGGCAUUGGGAAAUCAACAGCCCUCAAAGUUCUGGCUGGGAAGUUGAAACCUAAUUUGGGGCGCUUUAAUAAUCCACCUGAUUGGCAAGAGAUCUUGACCUACUUCCGAGGAUCUGAACUCCAGAAUUAUUUUACUCGUAUUCUGGAAGAUAACUUAAAGGCAAUAAUCAAACCCCAGUAUGUUGACCAUAUUCCAAAGGCAGUCCAAGGUAAUGUUGGUCAAGUGCUUGAUCAAAAAGAUGAAAGAGAUAUGAAACAAGAUCUCUGUGAGGAUCUUGAGCUGAAUCAAGUGUUGGACCGUAAUGUGGGAGAUUUAUCUGGUGGAGAGCUUCAAAGAUUUGCCAUUGCAGUUGUUGCCAUACAGAAUGCUGAAAUAUAUAUGUUUGAUGAACCCUCCAGUUACCUUGAUGUUAAACAGAGGCUUAAGGCUGCCCAAGUUGUUCGAUCUUUGCUCCGACCUAACAGCUAUGUGAUCGUUGUAGAGCAUGAUCUCAGUGUUCUGGAUUACUUAUCAGACUUCAUCUGCUGUCUAUAUGGGAAACCUGGUGCAUAUGGUGUUGUGACUCUUCCAUUCUCAGUACGAGAAGGAAUUAAUAUAUUUUUGGCUGGAUUUGUCCCCACGGAAAAUCUACGGUUCAGGGAUGAAUCUCUCACUUUUAAGGUAGCUGAGACUCCACAGGAAAGUGCUGAGGAGAUUGAGACCUACGCACGAUAUAAAUACCCAACUAUGAGUAAAACUCAGGGUAAUUUUAAGCUUAAGGUGAUUGAGGGCGAAUUUACUGAUUCUCAGAUUAUUGUAAUGCUUGGUGAAAAUGGGACUGGAAAGACAACAUUCAUCCGCAUGCUGGCUGGUUUACUAAAGCCUGACACCGUGGAGGGUUCUGAUGUGGAGAUCCCUGAGUUUAAUGUUUCUUACAAGCCUCAGAAGAUCAGCCCUAAAUUUCAGAAUACCGUGAGGCACUUGCUACAUUCAAAAAUUCGUGAUUCGUACAUUCAUCCUCAGUUUGUAUCAGAUGUCAUGAAGCCUCUCCAAAUUGAGCAAUUAAUGGAUCAAGAAGUUGUAAAUCUCUCUGGUGGAGAGUUACAAAGAGUUGCCCUAGCUCUUUGCCUUGGGAAGCCUGCUGAUAUAUAUCUCAUUGAUGAACCGAGUGCAUAUCUUGACUCCGAGCAACGUAUUGUUGCUUCAAAAGUCAUAAAGAGGUUCAUACUUCAUGCGAAGAAGACAGCAUUUGUGGUUGAGCAUGACUUCAUAAUGGCAACAUACCUAGCAGAUCGUGUCAUUGUCUAUGAGGGAAGGCCUUCCAUAGAUUGUGUUGCUAAUUCACCUCAGUCAUUGUUGACUGGAAUGAACUUGUUCUUAUCUCACCUUGACAUUACAUUUAGAAGGGAUCCGACUAAUUACCGUCCAAGAAUCAACAAGCUGGAUUCAACUAAGGACAGGGAGCAGAAGUCUGCUGGAUCCUAUUAUUAUCUUGACGAUUAAUUUGUACACGGUUCUGCACAUGUGCUUGAUUCCUACUUUGAUAUGCUCCCAGAUGCUGAUAGAAGGUGACCUUUUAUUGGGUGACGCUACUCAGAAGGGCUGUUUAUCCCUGCAUGCACUGUCCUUUGAUUUUGAAAGUGCAAUCUAAUAGCAAGUGCUUUUCUGAUGAAGAGAUCACUUGGAAGCAUAUAAGCAUGGGGCCCCUCGGAUGGACAGAGCUUUUGUACUGCCUGCUCGAGUCCAUUUAAUAUGCUUCAUUUACUUUUUAUUACACCUUUAAAUACGAGUCUGCCGCCUUUUGCCUCUGCUGGUUGAAUAGGCUUUGGAGUAAAUUUUUUUUUUUUUUUUUGGAUAUUCCGGCUUAUCUGCUGUUGUAGUAAAUGAUAUGAGAACACCCAUUGGAGAGAAGCUAUGGGAUGAGGGAUAUUGUAUUGUGGCUUUUUGACAUAAUUUAUAAUCGCUUUGGUUAGUGUCUGCAUCCAAUUUCAUGAAAGGGUCUAUGAAUCCUGCUGGAGAAUGAGA